CAAUUACGCGGGCCGACGCGACGCGCCCUCAGCCCUAAUCUAAUUUCGGGAGCGCGUCGAACGUUGAAAGCUGAAACACCCAAUCACAGGGAACAGCACUGAACCCGGUUUUGUGUACCUGGUCUCGUUUCGAACUCCAGGCUCUCCUUUGAAAGAAGCACUGGGACCUAUAUCGCCGUUGCACAAGCUCACGCCCAAAUUCGCUUUCUCGCCGAGUCGCUAUGGUGCGGGGUUGAUGGGCCACACGAUUCGAUGCAGUGCUAUGGACGUCGAUGGGAGAAUUAGACCGUUCAUACACAGUGCACAUUAAAGGCUGCGGUGGACCAAGUUAUGGUGGAAUCAGUAUCAUGGCCUCCCAAAUCGCCGAGGGAGGCUCUGCUCGCCUCUCCAGGGGGCCGAAAGCGAUUUCUUGAACUGCGGCGCGAAAGAGAAUCGCAAGAAUCCCAUUCACCUCUGAAACGAUCGAACACGGCGCCUAGCUUUCGUGCUCGGUCCCUUCUGCAAGACGGCCAGUAUGAUAGUGAUGCCCAACUUGACGAUGACGAUGAGGACGAAGAGACACUGCAGUUACAAUUGGCGGCUAUUGAGGCAAAGCUCAAGCUCAAGAGGCUACAGCAAAAUAAAUCAGCAAGGCCAUCGACAUCAAGCUCGGAUGUGGACAAUCCUCAUCAACGACGGCUGUCAUCGCCUUCCGCACGACCAGGCAGCCGGUUGAACGCCCUACGAGAACGAUUGGCUGCAUCUGAGCAAAGCAACGAUGUGCAGGUUCCAUUGUCUCCUUCGAAAAGGCCAACUGCAGCCCCGGAACUAGCAUCCCCUCGCAGGGCACUAUUCAAUUUUAAGAAAGCAAGCGAAGUGUCGCUCAAACGACCACCAAGCUCAAACGCGGGGUGGCGUCCUUCAAGUACAACCAACUCUAGAACAAGGCCAUCAUCAAGUACUCAUCUCAAUGACUAUGAUUCAACGGACAUAUGGUCACCCUCGGCCAAUGAUGUUAAACGACCUAAAUCAUUUAGUGAGAGAAUUGCUGAGAGCAGAAACGCCGAUAAGGCCAAGCAAGAACGAACCCAGAAGAUCCAACAAAAUCGAAGCUCUGCCUUCUCAGUUGACAAAGCUGAACUUGAGCGAUACAAGGUAGAAGCUGCUUCAAACACCCAAUCGACGUCUCCCGUCAAACAGAGCCCGGUAGAGUCUUUCAGCCGCGAGGACGUAUUACAGUCGUAUGGCGGCGCAUAUCCAUCUAUGAAAAGAUCAGCCACGGCACCUAGCUUUCGUGAUCCACGGUCUACAAAACCUGGGAUGCGCCUUGACUCUCCCUUGAAAAUGCAGAGGGAAAUCUUGAGAGAAACCGAAGAAAAACCAGAUCCAGAUAAUCCGAAGGUCGAGCCUUACUCUUCUCUAAACCUUGCAAAUCGCAUUCUACCCCAUUCUUUUCUUGAACGAACUCUGGGAAACAAAUCUCUCCUUCGCAUUCCGCAAAUAUUGAAAUCGGUCAAAGCACCAGAAUUCGAAUUGCCCGAAACUAUAGAUGGGGACUACGUCGUAUUCGGCAUUGUUGCGUGCAAAUCAGACCCGAAACAACACAAGGAAAAAAAGGCAUCUACAAAAGAAAUCAACCUUGAUGACGACGGUCUCAACAAUAGGGAGCAAUACAUGGUUAUCACUUUGACCGAUCUCAAAUGGACGCUUGAUCUAUUCCUUUUUGACACAGCAUUGCCACGGUAUUACAGACUCUCGGAAGGCACUCUGAUUGCUAUACUCAAUCCCACAAUUAUGCCGCCGCCGCCUGGUAAAAUUGACACCGGAAGAUUCAGUCUCUGCCUCUCAUCAUCUGACGACACCGUCCUCGAAAUCGGUUCCGCACGAGAUAUAGGGUAUUGCAAAGCCGAACGGAAAGACGGUAAAACCUGUCGUUCUUGGGUAGAUGCACGCAAAACGGAGUACUGCGAUUUUCAUGUCGACGUGCAGAUUAGACGGACACAGGCGCAUAGAGCAGGAGUGAACGCUGGAACGACCAUGUUUGCACCAGGCGGCCGGCAUGCAUCACGAAUCGCAAAUUUUGGCGGCGGCAAUGUUAAUCGCCGAAACAAGGGCCUCAAACAGGAAGGCGCAAGAUACGAUUUGGGAACACAAUCCACAUACUUCGUUGCUCCUGCUCCUAAGUCCUCGACGUCUCGCGAAGACAUGCCAAUGAACCCUUACCGUAACGCAAUGGGCAGAGGCUCUGCGGCAGCUCUCAUCGACGCCGUUGACGACAACCCAUUCGCAUCAAGCAACGUUCGUGGCAAUGAAACCAAAGAAGAACGUACCCGUCGCCGACUCGUGGAAGAUCAACGCGAACGGGAUAUCGCCAAAAAACUCGGUUCCAGGAGUGGGAACACAGGUUCAGAAUACCUUCGCGCGAGAUUAGGACAGGCAAACAGCUCGUCAUCAGCAGCAUCUUCAUCACCGGCCUCAUCGGCAGGAAAGUCGGGCUUGGCGAAAUCUUCAUCAACGAAUAGCCUUGCAUUCCUAUCCCGCAAAGCAGAUUCUGUAAGUCUCAGUCCGAUUCGAAAACGGGCACAUGAAGAAAUCUCAGAGAAGUCUUCUAAACCGGGACUUCCAUCUGUCAAAAAGACGCGCUUUAUCACUCCAAAGGGUAUCCGUGAAGCUGGAAGAGAGAGUAUAGGCUGUGCCACAGGGAACGAAGUGAGACGUAUGGUCAUGACUAACAACGACGACGAUGAUGACGAGUUGGAUAUUAUUUAGUCCCCGGGCGUUCAUUCUCUUCAUUAUUAGAUACAUUAUUUUUAUCAUGAAUCUUGGCUGAUGGCUGGGUC